CAAGGCUGCUCCUGGUCUGAAUGGCCUGUUCCUAGCUAAGGAGCACAUUCAACCUUUUCUCACAGUCUGAAGUGGCUUGGCUCUUUGCAGCGCGACCCCUCUCUCCGAGCUCUUAUUUUGGCCACGCCUUCCUAAUUUUAGGCUCCACUGGCCCUGCCUUGCUGGUCUAUAUAAUGCACACCUUUUGCCACCUGUUGGAGGGCUGUCCAAGGCAGCCACCAACCACCCAGCCCAGAUCAACCAGCAACAGAAGGUUGCUGCAGAAGCCGCCAUGGCCCAGACCAUCCUGCUGAGCGUCGCCCUUCUGAGCGUCGUCCUCUCCUUCCAUGGCGCCUUGGGCAUCAGUGGCUGCAGAGUCACUCAAACCGGGCUGGAAAACUAUUGCCUUUCCACAAAAGAUCACUGGGCGCAAUCCCUGCAAGGUCCCAUCCAACAGCUCCCUGGCCCCGCCCUUCCUGGCCUGGCUGGCUGCCGGUUCGAUGUCCUGACGUGUGAGCGUGUGAGCGUGGUUUUCAGGCCGCCCUAUGGCGUGGACGUGGUUGUGUGCUUUGUGGUCCAGAUCAAGUGCUCUUUGCUGCUGCUACCGGCCACAGUGCGCGUCGCAUUUUGUGCUACCAUCCGGCUGGCGGUGGUACCUUUGGGGCUGAGCGUCGGCAGCUGCUCUUCAGAGUACGUGGAAGUCAAAAUAGACCCACUGAUCAAUUUGCAGCUGCCAGCAGUGGCGCAAAUCCUGGCCCCUGUGCUGGAUCCUGUGGUUUGUGGCCAUGCCCAGGAGAUAAUCACACAGCUGAACAUCAUCUAUGGCUUCCAACUUCAGCCAACGCCGUUCUUCACAGGCUGCCAGUACAUCUGCACAAGGCCCUAUCCGCCUCAAAUCAACUCCGGCUACUUGGAUUUCCCUUUUGUGCCUCAAAUGUCCUGCGGAGGAGCUGUGGUUCCCUGGCCCACCUAUCCCAUCUACUACCCGCCAGCCACCCUCGUCCCUGACGGACACAUCUGUUAUUUUUUGAACGAAGCUGACACAGGCAACGUCUUUUCAACUUUGCUGGCAAGAGGAUUAUUCAGCCUUGAGCUCACCCAGUCGACUGUGACCACCACUUUAAUAAUGAGCCACAUCCCUGAGAUUGAAUGUCCAGCGGAUCUUUCUUCUUUUCUGAAGUUCUCAUGCACAAGCAUCUCCAUCCAGUUUACUGCUAACUAUGUCUAUCUUGAUGCUGUCCUGCGUAUUGACAUUGGCUAUUUCCAGUCAGAGUUUGUUGGCCUCCUUCAAGCCACAGCGAGACUGAGAAUAAUUCUCCGCCCGGCCAUUGACUGCCAAAGAGGACUGCUGCUGUUGUCGGUGGAUCUAAUAAGCGACCUCCAGAUUACAGCUGCUUGCAGCGGGAGCCCUUGCACGGUUUAUGGCUCCGUGAUAGAGGAACUGUUUCCGAUAAGGACACACUGCCAGAACUUAUUCAACGAGAGGCUGAAAGGCGGAAUCCCCUGGCCUUUCCCCAUAAACUGCGCCUGUUCCUCCUGCCGUGACGUCAUCGUUGUCCCGAAAUUUGCCAUGUGGUGCUGCAACCUGAACUACCUGCCCUGAUGACCUCGGGUGGCUGGAGAAGACCCUUCGACGGAAGCCAGAGCGGUCCCUUUGCUUCGCUCAGAAGGGGGAAAGGAGGGGAAACCGGGGUGGUUGAUUUCUCUAUGUUCUCUGUAGUGGGAUGGGGUCAAUCAUGCACAGGGGUGUAUCUGCAAUUGUGCACAUCUUUAGAUCUUGCAAUCAGGGCUUUUUUCAGCUGGAACUCAGUUGGGUGCCAUUCUAAGAGAACAAGGAAGGCAUUUGUGGUGAGUUCUCGCACCUAUUUUUCUAGGAAAAUAGCAGUGCUUGUUUUGCUUAAGGGCAGUUUUCAGGGGUGAUUUUAAGGGCUAAAGGGUGAGAAGAAAGUUGUUUCAUUAAAGAA